AUGACGAGCUUGCGAGAAAGCGAUACCUCUGCCUCGGCAUCUCUCCAUGUCUCACAGGAGCAUGUGAUUAACAGCGAGGAAGCUAUCCCACUUGACACAUUACGACUCUCCAAGCAACCCCUCAUCGUGGACCAAAAAGCAUACCAACUUGUCAACAAUUGCGAGACCCUAGAGUAUGAACCAGCGACAGACGACGACUCAAAGUGUUCUCCCUCAUCUGCACUGCCACGCGCUAAGAAAAGAUGGAUUACUGGGUUAUUACUUUGCGCAUUGGGAGUGGCACUGGCGCUCCUCGCCCAUGUUAUCCUCACAGUCAAACUCGCCGCGACAGCUGCGUCCGGUGGACAUGGAUGGGGUUCCUCAUCGGCGGUUAUCUAUGGAGGCACAUGCCACAAGGCAAACAAAAUCGCGACCGGCCUUCAUGUUCUUUUCAAUGUCAUUGUUUUGACUUUGACUGCCACCAGCAGCUAUUGUAAUCAAGUUCUGGCAGCCCCAUCGCGCGCAAGAAUCGACAUUGCCCAUGCUCAACGGGUGUGGGUAUCAAUUGGAUCCUCGAGUUUUACAAAUGUGUGGUACGCGCCUUUAUGGCGCAAGACACUAUGGGUCUUAAUUUUGGGGACCUCAUUGCCAGUCCAGAUGAUAUACAACUCUUUCAUAUACGUAUCAAUCAACGCCAAUGAUUUUGGGAUCGUUGCUGCACCAACAGACUUCGCCAGUAACUACACAGAUGUGUCUGAAUUCGAUGUCCCUUCCAACUUCCACAAAAUUGUUGGCAUGAAUGCGAGUAGCCUACAUGGUGAUCUCAUGACGGGUAAGCUCGAGAAAUUGGGCAAGGACGCUUGUAUGCAGGCCUACAGCGGCGCUUAUCAAACCGCUCGGUCGACAGUUGUUCUUUUAACCCCCUCUCUUUCCUCAGAGCUCACGGCCUGGUCAUGUCAGGUUGAACUGGGCUCUGAUGGCAUCUCCACCACUAGUGGCGGCCAAGGGCAUUGUGUGAUUGACAAAUAUAAAGGUAAACACACAAUUACGCCGCCGCCGAUUAGUCAAGUCAGCUUCGAGCUUCCGAUUGAGAGUUGCUUCAGUCGACCGACCACACCGUUCUGUGAGCUUGGGUGUAGUCUUCCCAUUGGAUUGGUGGUAAUGGGCUGCAUCGCGCUGAAGCUAAUAUGCAUGCUUGUCGCUGCUCUUGAGCGCCGCUCCGAGAUCUUUUUGACAGUCGGCGAUGCCCUCAAGUCAUUCCUGACAUGCCCCGAUCCUUACACGGCUAACAACUGCCUCAUGGCUCGAGUCAAUAAAGGACAACCAAAAGCACUACAUUCCUACAAUGACUACCCUUGGGUAUCCAUAUUUUCCCGCGCUGUGCCGUUCCGCUUGGGACAGAGCCCGCCACCGCAGCCAAAAAAGAUUUGCACGGUCCGCCAGAGAUGGUGGGCUGCCCUACCAAGUCGACUGUUUGCUUUCCUUCUAUUUUUCAAGAUCGCCCUCCUUGCUAUGGCUGGUCUGGCCUUGGGUUUGAAUACCUCUAUUUUUGGCAACACCCAAGGUGUAGAUCUGAAUUCGGAUGGCAUGUCAUCCUGGGAACAGACACUUACUUCGCUAUACCAUACCCAGUUUUACCCACUGGGGUACCUGGGAUUUAUUGCUACGGUGUUGGCAGUGAAUGUCCCUCAGGCCGUGGUUUCAAUAAUUUACGCAGUAUACAACAAUACUCUGACUCGAAUGCUUCUUGCCGCCGAAUAUAACGAUUUCGGUGUCGAACGAAAGCCCCUUCGAGUCUCCUUUCCCACUGGACAACAACGUUCGACAUACUACCUGUCUGUACCAUAUCGGUAUAGUGUGCCAUUUAUCGUGUUAUCUACUCUUUCUCAUUGGCUUGCAUCUGAGGCCUUGUCCUUCGUCCAAAUUAUUCCCCGAGAUGCUCAUGGUAAUUCACACCGCAGUCGGGCUUUACACGGCGUGGGUGCGUCCUCUGUCGGCCUGCGGAUUAUGGUCAUACCAUGGAUCUUAAUGGUGGUGAUCUUUCUCAUUUUGAUGUUUCGAAGGUUCAAAUCGGCCGCCAUGCCGAUUGCAAUGAACUGUAGCGCGGCUAUCAGUGCUGCAUGCCAUCCGCCGUCAGAUGACAUGGAUGCCGCGGAAAAACCUGUGAUGUGGGGCCAGGCUGAUAUAGAAAUUGCAAAUCUUCAUACAUUCCUUGGGCCUGGUGUGGCGGAGAUUGAGACAGAGUGUCGCCGUACUACAUUCACGUCAAAAGAAAUCGUUGAGCCGAGUCCUAAAUUCUUAUACUACUAG